CGCCAGAGGUCGGAUUUGACUCAUUCCAGAGAAGGGGCCGCCGUCGACACGUACAACACGGAUCUCAUGAACGAGCGAAUUGUGUUAAGUAACAACUCUAACAAUUUGAAUAAAAGCAAACAUUUGAGCUCAAAGACAGUCGCCUCUUUCCGACUGCCCCGCAAUACUCAACGAACCGGUUCUCAGCGCAAGUCCUCGUCGGCCGCUAAGUCAUCGCAACCGUCAACGAGCGGCGUUAUUCGACCCACAGGUCUCGACAAUGAAUUAAAUAACAAUAACAAACUACUUAUGAAUUCAAACGUUCGUCGCAACAGUGAUAACGCGUUCUCAUACGAGAUCUGCCGUCGGGCCGAUCGGACUGUCCUUCUAAGUCAUUCAUACACUUCGGCCGCUUCGCUGUCAUCGCACGCCUAUUACGCCAACUCCACGUCCAGCACAUCAUAUGGCGGGCAGUCAGAAAUGAUUGUUAACCAACAGACAAAAGUAAUUGACAACAACAAUGAUGAGGAACAUACAGGACAGGACUCGCACACAUUCAGGUUACCAUGUACAGACGACUCGCGAUUUAAGUCACAAUUAAAGGUUACAGACAAACCAUUUGAUCCCAAGACUGAUCUCAAGACAUCACUUUUGUUGACACAGUUUUCUCAAUGCAAUUAUGAACUCAAUGUUGCGUUUCGUUUGCAAACCAAACCAGUUUUGGGUGAGUUUUUGGGUCUCAACUCAUGUUUUGGUGACCCCUUUAUUGCUACCUCUGAGUUACCAUUUCGUUAUCAACUAAUUGUCACCCAAACCACAUCCCAACAGGUGUUGAACAAUAGGCUAAGUAGUCUUCUGGACACUCAUCGUUUGCCGCCGCUGUCAUCGAUGGCCAACACUCGCCGACACGAGACAACCACCACAUCCACCACCAACUCGUCGACCACCGCUUCUUCGACGGCCAACACAUCGCUGGUCUCAUUGGCCGACACUGUGCUGACCAAAGCAUACGAGUCUCGCAAUCCCGACUCAGAGCUGAUCCGUCUUUGCGACACGUAUUACGCGUCCGAUAAGGAGACCAAAGACCGGUUGCUAUGCUUUAUAGCCGACGAUCUGGCCGUACACUCGCCUCAGGCCACCGCCGCUGUCAACAAUUUUCUGUCCGCCAAAACAGUUCCCGCCGACUCCGAGGACUUUGUGAUGUCUGUGGACAAACUGCGGUCACAGUUGCGGCCAAAGUAUUACCAACUCUUUAGCCAAAUAUCACGUCUGGAAAAUGGCGUCAAAUUCAUUGUCGACAUGCGUUCAGAUCUUCGGUCGACACUCAACAGCCCAAACCACGACCGGCUAACGUCCGUACGGUUGCGAUCGCUAAGCAAUUAUCUCAAAGACCUGCUCGGCCUCUGGUUUUCGGUCGGUUUCCUAAAUCUGGAGAGAAUUACGUGGAAUUCGCCCACUUCUAUGCUCCAGAAGAUCUCUGAGUACGAAGCGGUGCAUCCGAUGCGCUCGUGGGCCGACCUGAAGCGCCGACUCGGUCUCUACCGCCGGUGCUAUGUCUUCUCGCACAGUUGCCUCCCAUCCGAGCCGCUCGUCAUUCUUCACGUGGCCUUAACGCCCACCAUAUCAUCAUCUAUUCAACAUAUCAUCAAACGGACAGUCCGUACGCCGAGCCUAAUGGACGAGAACUUUGUUUCGCUGCCAAAAGACACGUUCGGCGUGAAGGAGGAGUCCGAGGGUCUGGACGCCGCCAUUUUCUACUCAAUCACUUCCAGUCAAAGAGGUCUUCACGGGAUAGAGUUGGGCAACCAAUUGAUCAAACGAGUGGUACGGGAGUUGCGAUCGGAGUUCCCAUUGAUCUCGCAGUUCUCCACACUGUCACCGGUGCCCAACUUCUCGGAGUACCUCUUGUCUGAGAUGCAGGCCAUUCAAAAUGGCGAUCACCAGAAGCAGCGGGCGCUGGUCACCGAUGAGGAGUUCCAGAGUUUGAAACGGCACUUCUUCGGCGACUACUCCGAUGUGUCGGAUGUGUGGCCGCGACUGAUGGCACUCAUUAAGAGUAACCAAUGGGUGGAUGACGAGAGGCUGACAGAGCUCUUGCGGGCGCCGUUGAUGCGGAAGUGCGCCCAUUAUCUGUAUAAUGAGAAACGGCGCGGAUAUGCCUUGAAUUCUGUCGCCCAUUUUCACAGCCGUAACGGUGCGGUGAUGUGGCGGCUGAACUGGUUGGCCGACCUGAGCACUAGGGGUCUGUCCAACUCGUGCGGAAUGAUGGUUAACUACCGGUACUUCUUGGAGAACAUCGACAAUAAUAGCCAUUUGUAUACUGAGACCAGACAUAUAGCGGCAGAUAAACAGCUAUUGAAAUGGGUUCCCAAGCCUUUGAACGCUAAACUAUAAACACAUGAUAACACUGUGUU